UCUCGCCACUGCCCGAUCAAUGGCAACCACAUCCCCAGGACUCAGCAUCCUCCCGCUCCGUGGUGGGCAGGGCCCAGAACUUAGGGACCUCACUGCAGCUGCGAACCCAUUGGGCUGUAGCAGGGACCAGCAGCUCCUCUCCCCCCGCUGUCUUGGGGAGGGGUAUAAGAAGGGCUCGGACGCGGCUUUCCCAGCCACACGGCGAGGCGGCGGCCAGGGCUGCACCAGCGUCGGUGGGCGAGCGGCCCCAUGAGCCGGCAGCUGGGCGCGCGGGGCUCGGAUGGGGAGGACGAGGAGGAGGAGGAGGAGAUCGACACCGUGGGGGCCGAGGAGGUGGAAGGGGGCAGCGGCGGGCAGGGGCAGCCCCGCCGGCAGGGGGAGCCCGAGGGGAAGCCGCCCUACUCCUACAUCGCGCUCAUCACCAUGGCCAUCCUGCAGAGCCCGCAGCAGAAGCUGCCGCUGAGCGGCAUCUGCGCCUUCAUCCGCGGCCGCUUCCCCUACUACGGCCGGCGCUUCCCCGCCUGGCAGAACAGCAUCCGCCACAACCUCUCGCUCAACGACUGCUUCGUCAAGCUGCCGCGGGAGCCGGGCAGCCCGGGCAAGGGCAGCUACUGGGGCCUGGACCCGGCCUCGCAGGGCAUGUUCGACAACGGCAGCUUCCUCCGCCGCAGGAAGCGCUUCAAGCGCCCCCCGCCGCCCGCCCCGGCCCCGGCCCCGGCCCCGGCCCGGCCGCCGCUGCUCUGCCCGCCCUGCGCCCUGCUGCCCCGCGAGCCGCUGCGCUACGUGCCGCCCGAGGCCGGGCUCCCGCUGCACCCCGCCUGCCCCCUGCCGCGCCGGAGGGCGGCCGGCUGCGCCCUGCACCUGGGGGUGCUGCUGCUGCGGGAGCAGGAGGCGGCCGGGGCGCAGCAGGCGGCCGCCGCCCCAGGCCGGGGCUGCUCCUUCAGCAUCGAGAGCAUCCUGAUGGGCAGCGAACCGGCCCCCCGGCCCCUGCUGCCGCCGCCGCCGGCCGCCGCCUGGGCUUGCGGGCCCCAGCUCCUGCCCCGCGCCCCCUGCCUGCUGCCCGCGGCGCUGCUCGGCGUGGCCUCGCCGCUGGACGCCGCCUGCUGCGCCCCGGGGGCCGGGAAGGGCGCCCGCCUCCUCCGGCCCGUCCCUGGGGCGGCGGCGGCGGCGGCAUUGCUGGGCUGCCAGCCCGGGCCGGGCCCUGCCAGGCUGCUGCCCCUUGGAGCGGCACCGGCCGCCUUCUAGCGCCCAAGGGGACCGGCCUGGCACCGCCACCCCGGUCCCAGCCUCCGGCGACCCCUGCCGGGGACGUUGCGCGGACACCCUGGUGGGUGGCGUU